AUGCUAUGGGAGUUCCAGUCUGGUACUAGUGCAACGGCUACAGCAAAAAAAAUAUGCGACGUUAUCGAUGAAGGUGUAGUAGCAAAACGUACAGUGCGGAAUUGGUUUGCCAAGUUUCGUUCCGGAGAUACCAGUCUUCAAGAUGAAUCUAAACUGGGACGGUCAACGGAUAUCGAUGACAGCGUUUUGAAAGUCCUAGUGGAGCAAAACCUACGUCAAAUCACCAGAAAAUUAGCAGAUAAGUUGAAGUCAUCCCUAUCUACCAUUUGUCGACACCUGGAAAAACUAAGAAAAGUCAGCCAGCUAGGCGUAUGGGUUUCUCAUAAUUUGUUGGAGAAAAACAAGGUGGAUAGGAUGGCGGUUGACACUUCGCUCUUGUCAAUGAACAGAAAUGACCCAUUUUUGGACAAGCUGAUUACAGGAGAUGAAAAAUGGGUCACGUACAAAAAUGUUACCCGGAAAAGACAAUAG